UUCGCGCCAAAAAGCGGCCGAAGGAGAAGGACCGAAACACGAAACGCGCGCCGACCUUCUCCUCCUUUUCAUCUCCCCCUUUUUCGCCCGUAAAUAAGCCAUGGAUGUCGCCGAGACACAGACCGGACAGACCCACGUUAAGGACGAAGUAGGAGAUCGCUGUCAGAAGCUUUUCCAGGAUUUCUUAGAGGAAUUCCAAGAGGAUGGAGAAGUCAAGUACCUGGAAGAUGCACGGGACCUGGUCAAGCCUGAACGCAACACGCUAGAGGUCUCCUUCACCGAUAUUGAUAAGUACAAUCAGAACCUGGCCACCACCAUCGUUGAGGAGUAUUACAGAGUCUACCCCUUUGUCUGCCGUGCUGUCCGCAACUUUGUGCGUGAUCAUGCCGAAGUUGCUGUUGAGAAGGAGUACUUUGUCAGUCUCAUUGAUGUUCCCACAAGGCACAAGAUCCGUGAGCUUAUCACACACAAAAUUGGUACUCUUGUUCGUAUCUCGGGACAGGUCGUCAGAACCCACCCAGUGCAUCCUGAACUGGUAGCAGGAACAUUUGUGUGCUUGGACUGCCAAAGUGUCAUUAAAGAUGUGGAACAGCAGUUUAAAUACACCCAGCCCACCAUCUGCCGCAACCCUGUGUGCAGCAACCGACAGCGCUUCAUGCUUGACACCAACAAGAGUCGCUUUGUGGACUUCCAGAAAGUGCGCAUCCAAGAGAUCCAGGCUGAGCUGCCACGAGGUUGCAUCCCUCGGAGCGUGGAGGUUGUGGUGCGAGCAGAAGCUGUGGAGAGGGCCCAGGCUGGAGACAGGUGUGAUUUCACUGGUACCUUGAUUGUUGUUCCUGAUGUUGCUGCCAUCAACUUGCCAGGUGCAAGGGCUGAGAGUUCUGCCAGACACAAAGGUGAUGAAAGUGAAGGUGUAACAGGUCUCAAGGCUCUUGGUGUACGUGACCUUAACUACAAGAUGGCUUUUCUGGCUUGUUCCAUCACACCUACUAACCCCAAGUUUGGUGGAAAGGAGAUCAGAGGUGAGGAGAUGACAGCUGAAGGCAUUAAGAAACAGAUGACAGAGCUUGAGUGGAACAAAGUCUAUGAAAUGUCCAGAGACAAGAACCUUUACCAGAAUCUCAUCUCUUCUCUCUUCCCUACUGUUCAUGGCAAUGAUGAAGUCAAGAGAGGAAUCUUGCUUAUGUUGUUUGGUGGAGUCCCAAAGACCACAAUGGAGGGCACUACUCUCCGUGGUGACAUCAAUGUUUGCAUUGUUGGCGAUCCUUCUACUGCCAAGUCACAGUUCCUGAAGCAGGUGUCUGACUUCAGCCCCCGUGCUGUGUACACCUCUGGCAAGGCCUCCUCAGCAGCUGGUCUCACUGCUGCUGUUGUCAAGGAUGAAGAAUCACAUGAGUUUGUAAUUGAGGCAGGUGCACUCAUGUUGGCAGACAAUGGAGUGUGUUGCAUUGAUGAGUUUGAUAAGAUGGAUGUGCGUGAUCAGGUGGCCAUUCACGAAGCUAUGGAACAGCAGACCAUCUCUAUCACCAAGGCUGGUGUAAAAGCCACACUGAAUGCUCGCACUUCCAUCCUGGCUGCUGCCAACCCCAUCGGUGGCCGUUAUGACCGCACAAAGUCCCUCAGGCAGAACAUCACUCUCACUGCUCCCAUCAUGUCACGUUUCGAUCUGUUCUUCAUCCUUGUUGAUGAGUGUAAUGAGGUAACAGACUAUGCCAUUGCAAGAAGAAUCGUUGAUUUGCACAGCCGCAAUGAAGAGAGCAUUGAAAGGACUUAUGCCCUCGAAGAAAUCCAACGCUACAUUAUGUUUGCUCGACAGUUCAAGCCAAAGAUUAACAAGGAAGCAAGUGAAUACCUGGUUGAGCAGUACCGCAACCUCCGCCAGCGUGAUUGCUCUGGGGCUGCUAAGUCCUCAUGGCGUAUUACUGUCCGUCAGCUAGAGUCCAUGAUCCGUCUGUCCGAGGGCAUGGCCAGAAUGCAUUGUUCUGAUGAGGUUCAACCAAAACACGUGAAGGAAGCUUUCAGAUUGUUGAACAAGUCUAUUAUUCGUGUUGAACAACCAGACGUUCACUUGGAAGAAGAGGAGGAACAACAGGUAGAUGAACCCAUGGAGACUGAUGAGAACUUACCACCAAAUGGACAAAUCAAUGGUCAUGAGGAAUCUGCAGUGGACUCUGACAACCUUAAAAAGAAGAAGCUGAAACUUUCUUACGAGUCAUACCGCAAUAUGUCCAACCUCCUGAUCAUGCACAUGAGGAGGGAGGAGGCAUCAAUGGAAGAAGAGGAGAGCUCGGAGACAGCUGGGUUGAGGCGCUCGGCUGUCAUUAACUGGUACCUGAAUGAGAUCAGCGGAGACAUUGAGACCGAGUCUGAACUCAUUGAGAAGAAGAUGCUGGUCGAGAAAGUGUUGGAUAGGCUGACCUACAAUGAUCAAGUAAUUAUCCCUCUGACACGCAGCGGAUUGAAAGGAUCGACUGCAGAAGUUGAAGAAGAAGACCCCCUGCUUGUUGUUCAUCCUAACUACAUCAUUGACUCAUAAGAUGAAAAAGAGACAAACUAAAGAACUGUAUAUACACUGAAAAUAAGCAAAAAAAAAAACAAAUUCGGAAAAAUCAUAUUUUUUUAUAUUUC